UUGCUAUACAACUGAUUUAUUCUUGAUGCCACGGUCAUCGGGUUUAAUCCACAGCAGACUGCGCCUUUUUCCUCCCACUGUCCACAUCUGAAUUGAGACACAUCCAACUUGUCGGCUUCGGACCUCAGUUUAUUCCUCUCAAAUUUCUUCACUUGGUGGGUUUCCUGUCUCUUUUCUGCCACUACUUCACCUAGACUCAACAAUUGGCGACUCGGCUGUUACACUGUAGGUUAUUUUACAGCCUCGCAAAACGCGCUAAACAAUGUCGUUCUCGUGAGGAGACAAGCUUGAGUGCGUCCAACCAAGGGCUUUGUGAGGUGGCGGUCAGAAAUAUGCAUUAUCAAGCUCAUGUUGUGCGGUAACGUGGGAAACUACUGGCAGAGGCUGAUGCACACCUUCUGGAGCCACUCUCAUCUCCGACAGGUGUGCGGCGGCUGUGCGCAAAGCGGAUCUGGCUGCGGCGCAAAGUGCGUGUGUUUUCCGUGCAGACAGGCGUCCUGGGUGCUUGUCCAACUAUCUGGACAAAACGCCGAGUGCGUCUAACAUGUGGACGUGGAACGGCUGCAACAGAGAGCCCUGAAACAUGAGGAGGAGCCGUCACCGCGCAAAUAUGGGACUUCCAGUGCUUUUCAGAUGGCUUGUAUUCACAGUGGUGGUGCCCGCCUGGUUGCUUGCCGCUCCAAGCGCCAUCCGUGAGCGUCCCUGCCCCCAGAGCUGUAGAUGUGAUGGGAAAAUAAUAUACUGUGAAUCCAAUGCCUUCCGUGACGUGCCCAGCAAUGUGUCUGUAGGCACACAGGGCCUGUCCCUGCGUUACAACAGCCUGGUGAACCUCAGAGCCCACCAGUUUGCAGGGCUGAGUCAACUAGUUUGGCUCUAUCUCGACCAUAAUUACAUCAACGCUGUGGAUGGCCAAGCUUUCCAUGGGAUACGGAGGCUGAAAGAACUGAUUCUCAGCUCGAAUAAGAUCACGCAGCUAAAAAACAACACUUUCCACGACGUUCCGAAUUUACGCAAUCUCGACCUUUCCUACAAUAAACUGCAGGUUCUCCAGCCUAACCAGUUCGUGGGUCUACGGAAACUGUUGAGUUUGCACUUGAGGUCAAAUUCCUUAAAAACUGUCCCGAUGCGAGUUUUCCUUGACUGCCGCAACCUGGAGUUUCUUGAUAUUGGCUACAACAGGCUACGGAGCCUCACACGUAAUGCCUUUGCAGGACUCCUUAAGCUCAUCGAGCUUCAUUUGGAGCACAACCAGUUCUCAAAGAUAAAUUUUGCUCAUUUCCCUCGCCUGACUAACCUGAGGGCGCUCUAUUUACAGUGGAACCGUAUCAAACUGCUAACCCAGGGCCUGCCAUGGAUGUGGACUUCCUUGCAAAAGCUGGAUGUUUCAGGAAAUGAACUCCAAGUGCUGGACCCGAGUACAUUUCAAUGCCUCCCAAAUCUCCAGACACUUAAUCUGGACUCCAACAAACUCAGCAAUGUGUCUCAGCAGACGGUGGAGGCUUGGAUCUCGCUCACCACCAUCAGUCUGGCUGGCAAUUUGUGGUACUGUAACCCCAACAUAUGUCCCCUGGUGGCCUGGCUCAAGGCCUUCAAGGGUAACAAGGAGUCCACUAUGAUUUGUGCUGGCCCUAAGGAGGCGCAGGGAGAGAAAGUGACAGAUGUGGUGGAGACGUAUAACAUUUGUACAGCAACGCCGGCUCCUAUCCCCUCAACAACAUCGCCCCUCACUCCAGCAUUUCAGCCCAAGCUGCUGCCUCUCCCCACACAGUCUGUGGUGGAUAAGAAGCUGAUCUGGAACAUGACAGCGUCCCCGACUCCUUCCGAGGCCUCCCCCACCAUCCCCUUGCCAGAGUAUGUGUCCUUCCACAAGAUCAUAGCUGGUAGCGUGGCCCUCCUCUUAUCUGUGGCUAUAAUUCUACUGGUUAUCUAUGUCUCAUGGAAGCGCUAUCCCAGCAGUAUCAAACAGCUUCAGCAGCGCUCGGCGGUUAAAAAGCGCCAGAAAAAGGCACGGGAGACUGAGCGCUCCCUUAACUCACCGCUGCAAGAGUACUAUGUGGACUACAAGCCUUCACACUCAGAGACUAUGGAUGUGCUGGUUAAUGGGACAGGACCUUACACAUACACCAUCUCAGGCUCCAGGGAAUGCGAGAUACCACGGCAGCUGAGUGCUCUGACGUUGUACAGGUGUGAGCAGUCGGUCCUCGAUUACUGUCAUGCCCACCUGUCACUGCACCUCAACGUGGGCAUUGAGCCCCAAACUCAGGCACUGGGAGGUCCGAGGCCAGCUGGGUACCAAAUGACGGCCCUUCCCUCCAAGCCUGUGCUGCCUUGCCCCCAGACCCACUCCCUCCACCAGUGAGCUGUGCACACUGUGAGGCUCUGUGUCCAUAAUACUGUAUGUCUGCUGCACAGAAUCUGUGGACCAUUCAAGUGAAACACAAGGCUGUGUGGGAGGGAGCUGGGACUGCUAAAGACGCAAAGGAGACAAUUAAUCUACUGCAGAGCACCCUGGAACCAGGGUAAUGAAAAUGAAAAUAUUUCUCAGUGGAAAUAAAGGGGUGCAGCAGUAUUGAUUAGUGAGCUCCUGACCUACCUGACCCUCAAUGUCCUCAAUUAGGAAGACGGCUGAACAGCAGCAUGACUUUCCACGUUCUGCUCUGCCUUUUGAGGAGCAUUAUGGAUAAUAAUUUAAUGCUUUAUUAAUCUUAUUAAACAUAUUUCCUCAACUUCUCCUAAUCUGUGCACCCCUCGGCCGUGUCAGGUAAAGUAAUCAAAUGCAAAAUGCUAUAAACAGAGCAGGGAAAACAGCAUGAUAAGCAAAUGAGUAGCAGAACAAAUGGAAGAUCAGCCGAGCUAAAACAUUUUCUGCUGCUUUUUCUGCUCACGCUGUCAGUCAGAGGUCUCUCCCUAACUCAAGUCCCUGUAGCAUUUCUCAUCUCGAGCCACUCAAAUGAAAUUACCCAAGACGAGAGACACGAGUCAGAAAAUAACGGACAGUAAUUGUCAAAUAAAAUGUACAGCCUACACAUCUUGCCGGCAGUAUGUAUAAUUUUACAUGGUGACUUUUGAUUUCUUUAAUGAUUUGUGAUGUGGAUCACAUUAUAAUUAAUUUAAUCAAGCUGAGAAAUGAAAAGAUGAAAAACAAACACCAAGUACAGAUCUUGCACUGGAACCUUCAGAUAUUUACGUUUCAUCAGCCAUUUACAUCACCCUUGUAGUUAAUGGUUUAUGUUUUUAAAAUGUGUUCUUCAACCAAUUAUCUGAUUGUACACUCAUAUAUCUACAUGUGUGUGCUUUUUACAAGAUGUUAUAUUAUAAUAUAUGGUAAAUAAACUGUGGUAAAUGACCAGUAACAGUAUCAUUCAUCAAGAUCAGUGGUAUCAACUCAAACAACUGUCUGCUGUAUUUAGACGGCUGCGUAGGUGGCUGAAGAGACUCAAGAGCACAGCGCUGAAGGCAAGACUGUAUAAUAAUGAUAUGUGUCUGGUUUUUGCCCUGGUGAUCAAGACCCUGAUGGUAACUUUCACUUGCUUUUUUCUCUCCUUCUGUGACUGUGUGUGACCGUUAUCUGACGUAAUACAGUAUACUCGGCUCAUGGCUUUUUGUUCCAGGGAAGCAAACUUGUGUCCAAAACAGAACGGGACCUGGAUAUUAAUUGACAGCAGCUCCGUGUUCUUCACAUGCAAAUAGUGAGAAUGAAAAUGGUGAAAGGUAAAUGAUUGAAAAAUUGAAUAUUUGUCAGCUGGGAAUUGACCGCUAGCUAAAUCAGUCCCCUGAACAGCAAUUCUCCAAUCAUAAUUUGGCAACCAUAAAUAGGCCAGAGCAGGCCUGUCAAGCUUCGGAUGUCUCCACACGUUGAAACAUGUGCAUGUAGCUUUAACUGUGAUACUGGAUAUUUAAAGAGUUAGGAGGGCCAUUUCUUUUUAUUUAGUCUUUCUAAAACCAUAAAACAAGAGCAAAAAGUGCAAACGAUCAAUUAAAUGUUGUGUUUGUGUGCUCUAAUGUAAGAUACAAAUGUACGGGUAACUAGCUUACUAUCUACAGCAGUAACUGAGUCCAUGGAACAUUUUAUUAGUUAACUACAUUUUGUGAGGUUACAUUAGACAAAAACCACGCUUCAUAACUAGCACAUCCACUGUGAUGUAUUUCCCCACUGCAUGGAAGUAGGUCACUAACACUAAUACAUGUACAUCAGUGUAGGGUAACAUUAGCAGCUCCAUCCUGACCCUGUUCUGCUGUUGGAUUUGGAGAUGUUUACAAUCCAGAAACCCUAUCAAACUUUCUACCAGAGAGAGCACUAUGUUCAACAAGCACUCAUCUGAAAAAUCUUUUCUCUUGUAAGAUUAAAAGUGAAACAUAUUGUUCAAAAAUACAAACGGAGAAUAAAUCUAAAAUCUGUCUUGCUCCAUCCAGAGAGGACAAUGUAAAAAAUACCUAAUACACCUUUAAAACAAGGAUUAACAAGCUACACUCCAAUAAAAACAGCUUCUUUAUUUCUAAGUCUGCACUGUUUGUGAAGGUUUUUCCUGGAACAUGUAGCUUCAGCUUCAGUUUUUAGCACAACAUCAUGUAAAAAAGUCAGGUGGACACAUUAAAAAGUCAGCCUGAGACAGUGUUUUUCAAUCAGUUCAUGGGGAUAAUUUUGCUAACUUAGCUAGCUAGCUAGCUACAGUUGAUAAAAUAUGCCAGCAACAGUUGUCAUUUAGGAAAAUGGGAAAAUCAAUAUUCACUGGCUAGAAAUGAGAAGCUUAUUUUGUAUACCAAUGUCUGAAAUCAAGGACCCAUCGAUUCAAACAUGAACUUCAAGGAGUAAAUCUGCCCCGUUACCACGGUAAACUGUAUAGAGCCAGAAAGCUUGACAGGCAUAGCAACAGUAACUAAGGGAUGCAGGGCUUAGCAAGCGGUCAAUUAAAUGUUGCUGAAUGGAUUUUUACAAUAUAUUGAUUGAAACAACAAAAUGUUUAUGAUCAUGUGACAUAAGAGAUUAAAUUGUCUUUUUUUUUAAAAAAUGA